GCACGACGACUCCGAGCGAGCGAGUGUCAGUCAAACAAAAAAGCAGUGUUGUGUUUACUAACGACGCUGGGCGUCAAACUGAUUUUCGAUGCUCAUUGUAAAAGAAAUUCAGAUAAAAAAAAAAAUGAAUUACAAUUGCGUGUGAUUUGUCUAAUUAAAAACACAGCUCCGUACUGAGAAAAUAUAAUGACAAACAGAUCAUUGAGUUCCAUCGCCGAAGAAUAUUUGUACAGUAUAAAUCCUCUGGCUCAGAGAAUCGGCGAGGAUGUCACUGCAACGAAGGAGGCUUACGAGGGUCUUUGGAAUGCUCUCAGCACAGCCGAAAAAAAUCAAGCUAUCGACGAAACAAUAAUACAACCUGAAGUUGCUCUGAAGUAUACGCAUUUGAAAAAUGUUGAAUGUCGCAAGGACUUGCCGGAUUCCUAUCCAAAAUUGCGAAUUCACACGGGCUUGAAAUACGUCAUUGAUGAAACGGGUUCUACUCUCCGUUGGCGUGAUGAACAUUCCGGCCCAUUUUCUUUUCUGACUCAAUCUCAGAUGAAUUUAAAUUUGUCUGAUGGAUCUGAGAGCCCAGAUGGGAAAAAUUGCGGUUCAGAGUAUCAGGCAGAUUCGUCACGUUUCACUAGUCCGAGAGUGGAAGAUAGCAGCGUUGAGAGUUUCCUAGACGAUUAUGGCACGCCUUCGGACAGACUUAACUUCUACCAGUCCGACAGUUAUUCGGACGGAGUCUUCAAAAAUUCAGACACUGCAAAUUUGCUGAACACUUGUUCAAGCAACGACAAUACCGCAGGCAGUAUUUUCACAAAACUGAUUAACAAAACUUCACUGCUCAAAAUGACAAAUAACGUUUCGAGUGUAGACGAUGACACAGAGAUUUUAGUAUCGCACAAACAUACCGCAAGAGUCACCCAGAAAAACGGAAUUUCUAAUAGAAAUCAGAUGAAUUGUAGUUCGCUACCAAAAUCUGGAGACAUCAACGAAUCCACCGCUUUGUUGGACACUUCUAGCUCUUACAGUAGUUUCCAGUCCUCUCAAACAAUUCAGGAGGAUGCUGCAAUUCCAAAGACUGGUUUUGAGUUCCUUGAUAACUGGUAAUUUUCGUCGAUUCAAUAAUUCUUUCGUGAUUACGUUUGUCUGAUGCAUUGGAAAUGUUUUAAAUAGUUUUCAAGACGUAGUUUCAGCUGUUGAAUACCAGAAAUAUGAUUAUUCACUGAAAGCUAAAGUAAAACAUUUUCAACUGUUUUUCUCUGUAUGAACGUUCAUCUUAUACUCGUAUGAUCGGUGAAAUUCCAAAGAUGCAUUGGUUGAGAUUUACAGACUCGCGAUAUUGUGCGUGGCAAUACUCUUUUACUGUGCGUGUCUAGCCUUAUAAAUGAAUAUUCAAUUUACGUAGUUUCAUGAUAAACUGAAACAUGUGAGCUCUCUCGUAACAGGAAUAAAAAUGCGUCUCCGCGCCAAAAAUGUAUUGGAGUUCGCAAAAUUUCCUUUUCUACCUUUUGUAUACCUUUUUUUUUUUCUACACGAACGAACCAAGUAUUUAUAGGAUUAAAGUACAAGUAGCACCCGAUGAUUGUCGAGAAUACGACAUUCGCAAACUAUUUUAAUGUCUCUCUCGUCCGGCUGUGGGCGAUAAAACAGGCAACUUUUUUAUAAUACGAUUAUUUGAAUAAAAAGACGUAUCCGUA